AUGGCGUACAGCUUAUCGCAGUCGUACUUCGGCGCGAACUUGAUUUCAGACUUCAACUUUAUCAACUAUGCCGACCCAUCCAACGGCUUCGUAAGGUACCAGAGCCAGCCCGACGCCCUUGCAAAGGGCCUCUACUUCAUCGACCCGGACACGCAGGCCGUGACGCUGGGCGUGGAUAACAAGAACACGUACGGCCUCGGCGACGGACGGCCGAGUUUGAGGCUAGAGAGCAAGAGGCAGUACAACCAUGGACUGUUUAUCGGUGAUUUCGCGCACAUGCCGCCGUCGGUUUGUGGGUUGUGGCCUGCGUUCUGGAUGUAUGGACCGGACUGGCCUACAAGCGGAGAAAUUGAUAUCAUCGAGGGCGCGAACCAGGCUACAAAGAAUAUCCUCUCCGGACACACUACAUCAGGAUGCCGUAUCCCAGACUCCCCCGCAGCCGCCGGCCAACCUCUCCUCCUCGACUGUGAAAGCCCAGGUGUAUGUAGUCUCCUCAGUGAAGCCCACGGCCCCUUGUGUAUUCAUCAUUUGACCACCAACAACGCCGGCUGCAACUACCUUCCCCCCGCCUCGGACACACACACCUACGGAGACGCUUUCAACGCAGUCGGCGGCGGCGUCUACGCGCUCGAGUGGACCUCGGAGGCCAUCAGUAUCUGGCACUGGCCGAGGCAGAGCAUCCCGGACGAUAUUGUUGCCAAGAACCCGGACCCGUCCGGCUGGGGCCUGCCAUCUGCGCUGUUUGGGACGUCGUCGUGUGAUGUAGACACAUACUUUAAGGAUAUGAGUAUUGUGAUUCAGACAAACUUUUGCGGUGAUUAUGCUGCCAACAUCUGGGGCAAGGACGGGGACACCUGUAAUCAGCGGGCGCCGACGUGCGUCGAGUACGUGGCGAACAAUCCUACCGCAUUCGCAAACGCAUACUGGGAAGUCAACUACAUCGACGUCUACGAACAAGGCCUCGCCACGAACACCACCGCCAGCCCGUCCGAGCCGACGACAACGACAACGGUCCAGACCACAUCGACAAUCUACACCACGGUACCGAACCCUGCCACUAUCGUGACGAGUUUCACGCAAAACGGUACUGUCAUCGUGUCCACCGCCACAAUGCAGUCCUCCCAGGUCUCGUCCGUCGUCCUGUCCACCGUCGUGGGACCGACCGCCACCGCGCCGCCGAGCCCCUCGACGGACCCCGUAGUCCCAGGGCGCGAGCCGGCGACGAUUGGGGAAUAUGCGUAUCUCGGCUGCUUCGGCUCCGGGACCGGGUUUCAGAGCUUCUUGCUCAAGGCCUCGGCGGCGGAUAUGACGCUCGGCAAGUGUAUUGAUCUCUGCAGACCCGGGAAAUACGCCGGUGUCCGCGAAAGCGAAUGCUUCUGCGCAGACGACCUCGACCCAGACACCAGAGCAACGACAGACCGCGCCCUCUGCAACAGCCCCUGCCCAGGAAACAGCACCCAGCUCUGCGGCGGCACCACAAGCACCCCAGCCACGAAGCCAAAGCGAGACACCCUCCCGCCGUCCUUCUCCUCGAACCCCCACCGCCGCCUCAUGCACCUCCACCUCCACCGCCGCGCCGCGCCCUCAACCUACCUCUUGUCAGUCUACGCCCGUCUCACAGACGAAGUACCCCCCAACGCCCCGCCCCUGGGCGACCCGGAACCCCAUACCCCACCCACAUCGACGCUCGUCACGACGGUGACGUACACCACCGUCUGCGCCACCGACGCGGCGCGCCUGACGCCCGCGGAGCACUGUACCACGAUCCUGGUGCCGGGGUGCAACAAGUACUGCGGCGGUGACGGGAUGCAGCCCGCGGCCGUGAGCGUGCCGAUGACGACGACGGUGGCCUCGUGCGCCGGGUGUGGUGCCGAUGGCGCGGACCGUGUGACGCUUACGGUGCCGUUUUUGGUGCUUGCGGUGCCGGGCACCGGGGCCGGAGCCGGAGCCGGGACGUCGACGGGGUAUUGGCCCACUGGAUCGGUGACUGGUGCGGCGGCGACGCCGCCCGCGACCGGGAGACCCACUCCGUCGAUGGUGUCUGUUAGUGCAGGGGCGUCCGUGGCGGAGGUGAACUUUGGUGGGAAUUGUGGAUUUGACGUCGAGGCGACGUGCGACUCGGUGGGCUGGUUCCCGGUGCAUAUUGGCGGCGCAUUUGGUCUCUCUCUUUCUCACUUCUUUCUAUCUUUCUGCUUGGUUUCUUUCGUUGAUUUCCCCCACCACGUUCAUUAG